AUGGCUCCGGUACUAUCGCGUACCGUUGCCGUUCCGCCUCAGUGUCCGAGGAGGACACGGCGUAAACUUUCUGGACAAAUUUUCUCACCCAUUUAUGCAGUGCCUGCGUCAGAAAGCACUAACGACGAUGUUUUUGUCAGUGCCGAGCUCACAUCAAUCUCUCAAGAGUCUAAUUCGUCUCUAGGUUCGCUGUGCAUUCAGGAUCUCAAACGUGCACAAAUUAAGUCCGCUUCUAUUGCACGGGCUUGUCGUAAAUCACGCCGACGUCCGAAUCUUGUGUCUUCAAGCUGCGGCAACUACCGUCGUCAUCGUCGGGGAACGUGUCAUUUAUCACUUCUACCAAACCCACAAACCAAUCUAGUUCCUCACUUCCAAUCUUCUUCAACUCCUCUCAUUACUCAUGUUACUCCGCCGACGUUGGUUCCCGUUUGGCAGUCACCUAUCCAUCCUAAAAGUGGCCAGGAGCAGCAAGAUUCUGUCGGAAGCCACUGCAUGUCUCAUUCACCAGAGGAAACGUCUUGGCUUAGUGACUCUUCAGCUGAUGCUUCUACCGCAUCGUCGUCAACAUCUUCUCUCUUGCCUACUAGCAGUACUGAAACAAAGGGUGAUGCUGAUGGGGAGGAAGAUGUCUCUCUGGUAACAUGUAUGGGCGUGGAUGUCGUGACACCUGAGGUUGUGGAUGCUGUUGAAUCUAUGGAAGAGACACAGCCUGCUACGGUGCCCACGGCUGAGGAAUAUGAGGCGGAUGCUGGUGAAUUGUGUGAAGUAGACCCAUUUGCGUUUAUUCGGACAUUGCCCCCGGUAUCCGAUGAACUGUUCGCCCACCCGCCUGCCUUGCCGAAGCGGACACGGUCCUGCCCCGAGCACUGUCUGGUUUUGGAUCUGGACGAGACCCUAGUUCACUGCAGUCUUGAGCCUCUUGUUGAUGCUCAGUUCGUCUUUCAGGUCGUUUUUCAAGGUGUAGUCUACAUGGUGUAUGUACGCGUAAGACCGCACCUUUUCCAGUUCUUGGAGCGGGUUUCUGAGCUCUAUGAGGUCGUUCUCUUUACAGCGAGCACCAAAGUUUACGCAGACCGGCUUGUUAAUCUUCUUGACCCCAAGAAACAAUGGAUAAGACAUCGACUGUUUCGGGAAAACUGCGUUUUUGUCAACGGAAACUACGUGAAGGACCUGCGCGUGCUUGGCCGGGAUUUAACAAAAACGGUCAUAAUAGACAAUUCACCCCAGGCUUUUGGCUACCAGCUAAGCAAUGGCAUACCUAUCGAAAGUUGGUUCACCGACCAAGAUGACAACGAACUCAUGAAGCUCCUCCCCCUCCUCGAACGACUUGCCCAAACGCCCGAUGUGCGGCCCAUCGUUGACAGCCAGUUUCGAUUGCAAUCGAAGGUGUUCCCGAAGGAGCAUCCUCCCCUCCAGUAUCCCCAGUGUCACCACCACCCGCCUCUCCCCAGUGUAAGCGCGCGUUGUCCAGACGGUCGUGAACGGGACGGCGGAGGGAAGGAUGGUGCGUGGGGAGAAGUUGGUCAAAGGGAGCGGGUCGGUCUGGCUAUCUCUUGCCCCCAGCCCGAGAUUUUAUCGCGAAUUACAGAUUACCCAACCAUCUAA